AUGAAAAUCCGGAGCAAUCCGCUGCCCCGGCGGCUGGCAGAUGUCUUGUGCUUCCUGCUCAUCGGCGUCUUUCUGCCGAUUGUGUUCAUGUUCGAGAUUAUUGUGGUUCUGCCGGCAUUCCACGAGCCGGGCGGCUUCUUCCACACCUUCACCUUCCUCAUGGCCAUGUUUCUGGUGUUCAACAUCAAGGGGAACAUGAUCGCAUGCAUGAUGAUCGACACCAGCGUAAUCGUCAAGCAAGUAAAGCCGCCGCCGGAGCAGUCGGCGGAGCGCCUUGAGUGGCGCGAGUGCACAGAGUGCAAACGGUUGGCCCCGCCCAGAUCGUGGCACUGCAAGAUAUGCGGCGCUUGCAUACUGAAGCGGGAUCACCACUGCCUAUACACGGGCUGUUGCAUCGGCCACCAGAACCAUCGCUUCUUUAUGGGCUUCAUUUUCUAUUUGUUUGUGGGCUCUGUGUACGCCCUGGUCUACAACUCGAUCUACAUGUGGAUAAUCCAUAGCAGCAUAUACUGCAAUUGGCUGACAGUCCUCAAGCUGACCUGCCCCAUGUUGCUGCUGGUGACCGGCGGCUUCUGGACCAACAUCUACCUGCUCUUCUACAGCCUCAAUGUGCUGGCCUUGGCGUACGGCAUCCUCCUGUUGGGCUACCAUGUGCCGAUUGUGCUCCGUGGCGGAGUUUCCGCCGACCGCACGAAGCAGCGAAAGCUCAAAUACAAACGAGGAGUCAGGCAGAACCUAAGAAGUGUCUUUGGAGUGCGCAUGCACAUAGCCUGGCUAUCGCCACUCAUUCGCAGUGAUCUACCCGACGAUGGCUACCACUAG